UACACAUUUUAACCAGCGUGUUCAUUGAAAACGCUGCACGUUUUUUUUCCAUUGUAUUUUUACUGUAAUGACUAAACGUUGUGACAAGACAUCUUUAUGGACAUGCAAAUCUGGAAGUUUUUGUUGUAUUUGGUAUACUUUUCAAUCCCAACAGUUUCAGACGGGAGUGGCAGUGCGUGUGGAAUAAUUUCUGGCGAGAUAGCGUUGUACUGCCCAGUGACGCAUCACUGCUGUGACGCUACCUUACACACCUGUUGUGAUGAUGGCUUCGCUUGUCUCAGAGGUUUAUGUAUCAGCAUUGUCGUAACUAUCUUCAUAAUCAGCGGAAUUUGUUUCGUCAUCAUCUUCUUAAUUAUUGUCAAAGCUAUCAGAAAACGUCGUGUGUCAAAUGACACGAGAACAACACGAGGACUGAUUCAAAGGACAGAGGGUGCAGAUAACGUGAUUGUCUAUAAAUACUGUAAAUUCAUUCUUCUGGCCGUCAAAACGUUCUUCAAAAGAAUUCGGAAUAAAAUCAUUAAUUGAUUCCAGUCUAA